CCCCACCGUGCCCCGCCGGGGGGGACACAGCAGCGCGGGCAGCGGCGGGGUCACCGGUCCCCGAGGGUGGAUAAGGGGGGGCAGCGCCGCCCGCUCGGGGCGGUCCCAGCCCGUCGAGGGGGGAUAAAAGCCGGGGCUGCUGCGCGGGCCCGGGGGAGCUGGGCAGGAUGAGCGCGGCCCCGGGCACCUCCUGCGCCCCGCAGCCGCUGCUCCGCUUCCCCGGCGGGGCGGGAGGAGCGGGCGGCAGCCGAGCCCCGGGGCCGUGCCCCUGCCCCUGUCCCUGCCCCUGCCCGGGGGGGCCCCGCAAGCGGCGGCGGACCACGUUCAGCCGGGGGCAGCUCUCGGAGCUGGAGCGGGCCUUCGCGGCCGUGCCCUACCCGGACAUCGCCACCCGGGAGCGCCUGGCCGAGCUCACGCAGCUGCCCGAGGCCAAGAUCCAGGUCUGGUUCCAGAACCGCCGCGCCCGCAGGAUCCGCAGCGCCAAACCGGAGCCACCGCCGCAGCCUCCAGCAGCGCCCGCGGAGCGGGGUCCCUCCGCAGCACCCCCCGACGGCACCGCCCCGGGCCCGGCCCCCGGUGCGCCUGCACCCGGAGCCUGCAGCCCCGCUCCGGGGCUCCCCACCUCGCUGGGCUCCAUCUCUGCCCUCAUCUACAGCGCGGCCAUCACCAACCUGGGCGAGCCAUAGCCGCAAUGGGGACC